AUGGGAUCCGGUCAGAGUGCGACCAGGAAAGUGUCUUUUGGAGUGGAUGAUGAGGACAGAGUACGGGUUCUUCGUGGAGUAAAGGUAACAUUACUGGCUGCUAUCAUAAUUCUAAGUAUCUAGUUAUAGCUAUUGCUACCUACAGUAGCUAGCUAGGUAUUACACUAACGUUAGCAAGGUGGUAUUCAAAUGUGUCACUAGCGUUAGACCAAUGUUUCAAUUUAAUAGCUAUUUGUCUAACUGGUACGAUAGUCUUUGGUCCACUGGCUGUGAAAAGAUGCUAGCUACAUGUAGUGAGUGAUGCUGCAAAACUAGCGCAGCCAUGCCACUCCCUAAUAUGUCUGUCACCUUGUAUGAACUGGGCGAGGUUACCUAACGUUAAUAAUGUUAGCUAGCUAGAACAUACGUGGUCAUGGAAAAUGAGCCCUUUAGGCGAGUGUGUGUAGAAGAAACCGGUCAUCACAGCCAUGUUAGCUAACUAGACAUAAUCUCGAGGCCUACUGUUCUAGUGGUUUAUACUAUAAGCCGAUUGGGUAUGGUAGCCAGCUAGUGACUAGCCAGUCAUCUGCAGUCAGGAUCAUGCAUACUAACAUGCUGGCCACACCGUAACGCGAGCGUUGCAAAAUACAUUUACACAUACAUGUUAUUCAAUAAUUUCAUCCAAACUGCUCGAGCGCAUCAACGAGCGUCUGCGUACCUCCAGGCGCUAAAAUAGAACUUGGUUCUAUUUUUUAAGAUUGACGCGCUGCAAGUCCCGCCUCUCCUAUCUCCUCAUUGGUUUUUAUGAGUAUAUACCCACGUGGGUGAUUGAAAAAUGAACUGGUCCACACUCCAGUCCAGUUCGUGGAGGUGGUAAUGCACCUUAAAGUUGGUUGCCAACCGCCAUAUAACGUCCGCAGAAGAAGACUGACAGAGGAGAGAUGAUUUAAGCAGUGGUAUAUGGCCAAUAAAAUUUGCCUCGGCGGAAGUCGUGACAGACCUGUCCCCAAAUGAAUAUAGUUGGUUCAGAGUGCGUUUUGAUAUUUCAACCUGCGUGUCCUGAUCGCGUCUGGUGUGGAUGGACAAAAUCAACAUGCGCACGCGGACGCACGCCCAUGCCCGGUCUAGGCAGCAUGUAAUGGAAAGCGCCGUGACCCAUUUUUUUAACAAAAGCCCUAUUCGCACGGGACUUGUAUUAGCUACUAUAGAAUGUUGGUUAUGUAAUUAUUACCCCAGCGUGUCUGUUUUUCCAGAGUACGAUUCUGACUGGAUUAGUUUGACCAAACCCUAUAAUUCUUUUUUUUUUCUAACAAAAAAUGUACCCUUAUGAUGGAAGCCUGGUGGCUGUUCUAGGCGUGACGAUAUUUCAACUUGUCUAGGGAUAGCUUAAUAUACAUUAGAUAGUAUGAAUAAGCAAUAUUCCAAACCACAGCUUCAUACACUUGUCAGACAUAGAGAACUGAUACUGUAUACUGGUUGUUGGGGUGAGAUUUGUCCGUGGGUGGCUUAAAAAAAAAAAAAAAAGUUAUUCCUCAUGACUUACACAUUGGUAGGAAGAAGUUUCAUCCAAAGCAGAUGUUGGGUACUAUAUUUAUUGAAUAUUAUCAGAAUCCUAUAAAUUAAAAUGGUCAAUUUGGGUGCAAUCAAUUAUCUUAAUAUCUCAGAGAUCAAAUCAAAUGUCAACAAAAUAAUGUUUCAGGAAUGCCAAUUGUACAUCUUUCUAACUACAGAAACGAUUUCAGAACAAUCUGAGAUGGUGGGUGUCAUUGCUUGCUGAAAUGACAUGGAAUUUGAAAAUAUUGUGCCUUGCUUAGCUGGGCAUACACACUCGUUGCAGACUGUUGAACCUUUGCACCUGCUGUCUGCCCCACGGGGAGUUUAGUCUAGAGUAGACGUUGCAAUUAAACAGUAUCUUCUUGCUAUUGAUCAGUUUCUCUUAUUUUCUAUACGAUAUCAACACAAUGUCAUUGUCAACUAGUGAAUAGAGUUUGAUUAUGGCAUACAAUGGUUUUAAGAGUAGUUUGUAGUAAUGCUUUGAGAUUGUUUAUAAAUCAGUAAUGAACAGUGACCUGUAGGCUAACACAUUUUUCAAAAUGAUUUGAUGUACAACUACUGAAAAACCCUUUACAAAUCCUUUAUAAAUUGUCAAUAAAGAGGUUACUGAAAAAUAACAAAAUAAUUCUGAGUGUUUUCGGAGAUAUGUUAGCCUUAAUGCUAAUCUUCCUCUCGUCACUGUUGUGUUCAGCUGUCAGAAGAUGUUCUCCAGAGGAUGAGGGGUACAGGUCCUGCCAACCAAACAGCAGACAUCAAACCACCGCCCCCCACCAGCCCCAAGAAAGAAAGUAAGUUAAUCUACCACCUCCUGCUCAACUCUUUAUGCAAUAGCUGA